UCCAAUCCAACCCGGCGGCGCUCUACCUCGCUAGCCAAUCGGAGAAAAGACUGUUUUGAUCCCGCCUCUUUCGGCUGCGCCACCAGCCAAUCAGACCACAGCAUAAAGGGUACGCGAGGAAAAGGCGAAACCAGCCGGCCCAAUGGCAGCGUCCCGGAAUAUUAGGCUCCGCCUCUCGGCGGACAGACCGCUCCUCACAGGAAGGAACGGCAGCGCUUCAAGAUGCGCUGCCUGACCACACCCAUGCUGCUUCGGGCCCUGGCCCAGGCUGCACGUGCAGGGCAUCCCAGUGGCCGAAGCCUCCACAGCAGCGCGGUUGCAGCCACCUACAAAUAUGUGAACAUGCGGGAGCCCUCGAUGGAUAUGAAGUCAGUGACCGACCGGGCAGCUCAGACCCUGCUGUGGACCGAGCUCAUCCGAGGCCUGGGCAUGACCCUGAGCUACCUGUUCCGGGAGCCAGCCACCAUCAACUACCCAUUUGAGAAGGGCCCACUGAGCCCCCGCUUCCGUGGGGAGCACGCACUACGCCGUUACCCGUCAGGGGAGGAGCGCUGCAUCGCCUGCAAGCUUUGCGAGGCUGUCUGCCCUGCCCAGGCCAUCACCAUCGAGGCUGAGCCACGGGCCGAUGGCAGCCGCCGGACCACGCGCUACGACAUCGACAUGACCAAGUGCAUCUACUGCGGCUUCUGCCAGGAGGCCUGCCCCGUGGACGCCAUCGUUGAGGGCCCCAACUUCGAGUUCUCCACGGAGACGCACGAGGAACUGCUGUACAACAAGGAGAAGCUGCUCAACAACGGGGACAAGUGGGAGGCCGAGAUCGCCGCCAACAUCCAGGCUGACUACCUCUACCGCUGACUUGCCCGGCCGGCCGGCCCAUGGCCCCUCCUGCCCAAUAAAGAAGCUCUGAUUCCCCCA